GGGCACAAAGAAACGCUCUCAGCUAGACUUGGAACUUGAAAUCGAGAACAUGGGAGCCCAUUUAAAUGCAUACACAUCCAGAGAACAAACAGUGUAUUAUGCUAAAGCAUUUUCUGAAGAUCUGCCCAGAGCUGUUGAAAUCCUUGCAGACAUUAUUCAGAACAGCACCUUGGGAUCAGCGGAGAUUGAGCGUGAGCGAGGAGUUAUUCUAAGGGAAAUGCAAGAAGUUGAAACCAAUCUGCAGGAAGUAGUCUUUGACUAUCUGCAUGCCACAGCAUAUCAGACAACGGCUUUAGGCCGAACUAUUCUGGGACCUACGGAAAACAUCAAAUCCAUUACUCGAAAUGACCUAGUGGAAUAUAUCACAACACACUACAAAGGACCAAGGAUGGUAUUGGCUGCUGCUGGAGGAGUGGAUCAUGAUAAAUUGGUUGACUUGGCAAAGCAUCAUUUUGGUAAUCUAUUAACAACCUACGAUGGUAAUACCACACCAGACCUGCCUCCCUGUAAGUUCACGGGAAGUGAGAUUCGGGUAAGAGAUGACAAGAUGCCACUGGCUCAUAUUGCAAUUGCUGUUGAAGCUGUUGGCUGGUCACAUGCAGACACUAUUCCCCUCAUGGUAGCAAAUACCUUAAUUGGUAACUGGGACCGUUCUUUUGGUGGUGGUGCGAACUUGUCCAGUAAAUUGGCACAGAUUGCUUGCCAGGGUAAUCUCUGCCACAGUUUCCAAUCAUUCAACACCUGCUAUACAGAUACUGGUCUAUGGGGGCUUUACAUGGUCUGUGAGUCCAGUACGAUUGACAAAAUGCUGCAUUUUGUUCAAAGAGAGUGGAUGAGAUUGUGUACCAGUGUUACUGACAGUGAAGUUGCAAGAGCCAAAAACCUCUUAAAAACAAACAUGUUGCUGCAGCUUGAUGGAUCAACACCAAUCUGUGAAGAUAUUGGGAGACAAAUGUUGUGUUAUAACCGAAGAAUUCCAAUCCCAGAGCUUGAAGCUCGAAUUGAAGCUGUGGAUGCUAACACAAUAAGGGAUGUAUGCACCAAGUAUAUCUACAACAAGUGCCCUGCAAUUGCUGCUGUUGGUCCUAUUGAACAGCUCCCAGAUUAUAACAGAAUUUGCAGUGCAAUGUACUGGUUGAAUGUGUAAAUUACACAAGAUAAAUGUUUAUAUUCUAUUAAUUAUAAAAUAAAGAGACAUUUAUACUA